AUGCCAGUCGUCCCGCCCCUUCUGCGCGGCACAUGCGCAGUGGCGCCGGCCAAACGGCGUGUCGUACCAUCUCGGCCUUUGAAUAUGUCAUCAAGCUGGAACCACAGUGGCGAGAGUAAUGCAAGUAAUCCAGCAACAAAUAACUCUGACAAUGCAUCUGAGGAUAUGUCCAAUGAUGCUGAGGGUGUGUGGAGCCCCGACAUUGAACAGAGUUUCCAGGAAGCUUUGGCUAUUUAUCCACCAUGUGGACGUAGGAAAAUUAUUUUGUCAGAUGAGGGCAAAAUGUAUGGCCGAAAUGAACUGAUUGCACGUUAUAUCAAAUUGCGAACUGGAAAAACGCGGACACGAAAACAGGUAUCCAGUCACAUACAGGUGCUUGCCAGACGAAAGGCAAAGGAAAUACAGGCCCAGUUCAAAGUCCAAGACCAAGCUGCCAAAGAUAAAGCCCUCCAAAGCAUGGCCUCUAUGUCGUCUGCUCAGAUUGUAUCCGCCAGUGCCAUCCACAGUAAAGCUGUAACCUCUGGACUUAACCCUCUGUCCUCAGGGAUGUCUCCAGUCAGACCCCAAUAUCCAGCAGGACCACCUUUUUGGGCUCCUGGAAUGGCACCACAGACACAAGAAAAGAUUUCCCACCUACCAAUGUCAGAGGAUGUAAACAGGAAAUAUUUUAAGAAUGUCCAUAGUGUGAAACCAUUCAGCACUCCUCCUUAUGGCCUGGAUACAAAACCUAACACUUCACACAACGAGGUGGCACCUCCUUGGCAAGGUAGAUCCAUUGCAGGACCAAAGUUACGAUUGGUGGAAUUCUCCGCAUUUUUGGAACAGCAGCGGGAUCCUGACUCUUAUCACAAACAUUUAUUUGUGCAUAUAGGGUCCAAUGCCAGCUAUACAGAUCCUCUACUUGAGGCUGUGGAUAUUAAGCAGAUAUAUGACAAAUUUCCAGAAAAGAAAGGUGGGUUGAAAGAAUUAUAUGAUAAGGGGCCACAAUCAGCAUUUUUCUUAGUUAAAUUCUGGGCUGACCUAAACACAAAUGCCCAAGAUGAUCCUGGGGCAUUUUAUGGUGUCACUAGUCAGUAUGAAAGUACAGAAAACAUGACAAUCACAUCUUCGACUAAAGUGUGCUCUUUUGGUAAACAAGUUGUUGAAAAAGUCGAGACUGAAUACCCACGUUUUGAAAAUGGUAAAUGUGUCUACCGCAUCACACGUUCACCUAUGUGUGAAUAUAUGAUCAACUUCAUCCACAAACUCAAACAUCUCCCAGAAAAAUAUAUGAUGAACAGUGUUCUAGAAAAUUUCACUAUAUUGCAGGUUGUUACUGAUCGGGAUACCCAAGAGACAUUGGUGUGUAUUGCAUAUGUAUUUGAGGUGUCAACUAGUGAGCACGGGGACCAACAUCACAUAUACCGGCUGGUCAAGGAAUGA